AUGACUUCUGUUUCUCUGCCCAGUGACCUUGUUAUGAACAUCAUGUCUCGAAUUCCUGGCAAAUCUCUAGCAAGAUUCCGAUUAGUCUCAAAGCAAUUUAGAUCUCUACUCUCUGGUCAUUGUUUCCUCCGCCUCCACCACAACCGUUCACGUGAUUCCCAUUUUGCCACAGUCCUUUUCCACAUGCCUUUACAUUGUUCCCUUGGUCCGAGGGAGUUCCAUCAACGAAGAUAUGAUUUCUUUGUGUCCAACAACGCCAAUUGCUUAGUCCACGACUUUACGGUUUGUGGCUUAAUGAGAAUCAUCAGAAUGUUAAGUUCUCACCACCAGCUGGUAUGCUUUGUUUGCUUAGAGGGGAUCCAUCUUUGCAACCCCGUGAACAAGGAGUUAAAGAAUUUACCUGACCCUCCUUCCUCUACAAGGUGUUUCAACGGAUCUCAGAAGUGUCUCAUCUCUUUUGGAUUUGUUGAGGCCACGAUGCAGUACAAAGUCGUCAAGUGGCCUCACGACUUGGAUGAAAACUGUACGAGGUUGCCAAGUGGCCAAGUCAAUCAAGUCAACUUUGAGGUCUUGGAUAUCGAUAUCGUAGAAGAUGGCCGACUUAAAGUAUCACCCUGGAGAAGUCUGCAUAGACCAUGUCCCUAUCUUCUACAACUCUCUUCUCACGUUCAAGUCAAUGGAUUCAUCUACUGGACCACUAGUGAUUUUCAGAUCGUAUCUUUCUCUCUACAAGACGAGACUUUCUCAAGCGUAAACCCUACACCCCCUUGCUUCUGCCUUGACACCCAAGUAUCCAAAAAAUCUCGCUUUUUCAAGCUAUUUGGAAGCCGCAGAAACUUGUGGAUGACAGAUACUGAUGUUGCGUCUCAAAUCAUAGAUAUUUGGAAGAUGGAUGAAAGUAGAGACCGUGGCUGGACCAAGAAUCAUACGAUCGACCUCAGUGGAACCAAUUCAAACGAAAACGGUGGUAAAGUACUGCAUAUGUUAGAUAUUAGGUCAGACCAAGUUUUCAAUCUAUCAUCGACGUGUCUAUUAUGCUAUGACCUCGUGAAAUACGGGAGUGUGUCCAGAGACUAUCAGCCAUGUCACUCCACUGAUGGACUCUUAUCUCUACACAACAUUGAUAUGUCUAAUUCUUUUCCAAGUUCCUCUCUUCCUUUUGAGUCUUUAUUAGGUAAACGGCCCCGUUAG